AUGCUCGCGACGACGACGACGCCGUUCGCGUCGCGCGCGACGCGAACGUCGUCGAAGACCGCCGCGCGCGUCGUCGCGUCCGCGCGUCGUUCGUCCACCGCGUCGUCGCCGUCGCCGUCGUCGCUUCCGAAGAUCGUCGCCAACGCGUCGCCGUUCCUCCCGCGCGCGUCCGGGCGCGACGAGACCGGGGACCCGUCGCCGUCGUCGAGCCAGCAGCAGCGCGGCGGCGAGGACGAGCCCGACCGCGACGAGGACGGGCUGUACAUCGGAACGUACAGCAACUUCUUCACGGAUCCGGAUCAGAUCAAGGGGGUGAUCAUCUUCUGCGCGUUUCUCGCGUCGUUCCUCAGUCUCGGGAACAUAGGCGCGGCGAUAUUGUUACCGAUCUUGUACGACCAGCCGAUACAGACGUGCAUCCAGGGCAUCCUGUUCGGGUACUACUGCCCGCCGUGA